AUGUUCCAGAGAUUUUUCUCAAAUCUGGGCGUGAUCUCUGCUGGUGUUAGCAACACUUUGGUUUCGCCAGUUUUUUGUCGACAAUGCAUCUCCCAUUCGUUAACUAAUUUCGCCAACGGUUCUUCUAGAUUGCUUUUGGGACAGAACGCAAAUCAAAAAUUACAAUUAUUGAUAAAUAAUAUUAGUGUCAAGUUAAACUUGCUGAAUGUUGUCUUGACGCAACAGUGCAACCGGGUUGCUGCUUUGAGGUUGAGGCGAGCUUACCAAAUUCUACUGUUGUAUCAGCGUAUCUAUGGAGAACAGGUACUGAUGCAGAAGAUUAAGUCACAUGUUCGCUGUAAGAGUCGCCCCUUGCUAGCCUUACUUUCUGCAACAGUCUUCCAGUGGGAAAAGGAGAGAGUCAGUGAUGAAGAAUUGCAGAAGUGCACAGAAGAAAUGGAGAAUGUGAACAAACUUGUUGAGCUGAGCCAUAGAAAGCAGCAAGGUUUAGAAAUUGAUACAAACUUGCUGGAAUCAAAUGAUUGGGAGCAGCUUGUAGACAGAAAUGACUUCAAGAUCUGGCGUCGACUCCUUCCAGAUGCUGGCCUUUAUCAGUAUAGAGUGUUUGGACACUUCUCAGACAUUCCACCAAGGGCCUUUUACAAUACACAGGUUGAUCUUGGAUACUGGAAAGACUGGGAUAAGAACACAGUGGAGGUGAAAAUAAUUGACAAAGAUGUUGAAACUGACUCAGAAGUGGUACAUUGGGUUUACAGAUUCCCGUAUCCGAUGUAUCCAAGAGACUAUGUAUAUGUUCGCCGUUGUAAGGUGGAUGCUAACACAAGCACCAUGGUUAUAACAGCCCGCGCCACUGAGCACCCAAGCUGCCCUGAAACUGACUCCUGUGUCAGAGUGGCAACCUACUGCUCACAGAUGGUCAUUAAACCUGAUACCACAUUUGAAGAGAAUGGCUUUGAUUACGUAAUGACCUAUUUUGAUGACCCCAAGACUAACUUCCCACCGAUGUGCUUUAACUGGAUGGCCAGUACAGGUGUGCAUGAGUUUCUAGAGAAGGUUCACAAAGCUGCUCUGAAGAAACAUGAAAGGAGUAAUGAAUCCCCUGCUGCUCGUGCUGACAAGACCUCUGGAAACAUCUACCCAAAGAUGGUUCACCAAUAG